AUUAAUUUUCUUUCUCUACCAAGAAACCAACUUCAAUCUCUCUCUUGUCCGAUACGUUCCGAUUCUCUUUAUAUCGGGUCUCCUUCUCGUUUGACUCUGUUCUACCUUCUUCUUUAUUCACUAAUUUUGUUCAUUCUAAAAAAAUCAUAAAUAAAUUGUACUUCUACACGUAAAUGCAUAAAUCUUUUCUCUGUUCUUUUGGUUGAUUUUAUUAUCUUUUGAUCCCAAUAGUUUUUUUGUCUGAAGUUAAUCGAUUUUGAAGGUUUUCUAGAUUUCUUUUCUACUUUGGAAGUUUAAGAGUGGUUCAUUAAAAUUAGGAUGUUAAUGAGAUGAUGAAUCAGGGAGGCAAUACUCAGACCGUCGCUUUACUUGACCCUAAUUUGGUGGAGAACCGAUAUAUUGUUGAUACUAGCCAAUCACAUACGUCAUAUCUUCCCUCAACAACUGGAUCUGGAGCUGUUUCAUGGAAUGCACAUGGUGUGGAUGGUGGCGCCACAGAGAAUGGAGUUCUUCUGAAUUCCACUUUUCACCAUGAGCAGCAUACAGAACCACUUGUAAGGGAUGUUCAAGAUGGAGUAAAUGUGACAUCUGCAGUGAGUUCAUCAAGUUUAGGAACAACUGCUGUAUCUGAACACAGUGGCUAUACUCCAUUCCCAAAUUCUAGUGAUCCAUACAGUUUUGGAAACACAGGAUACCCUGGUUACUAUAGCAGCUAUCAGCAGCAACUUAACCAUUCGUACUCUCAACCUGUUGGAGCAUAUCAAAACACAGGUGCUCCUUGUCAGCCUAUUUCUUCGUUUCCAAAUUCAGGGUCUUAUGCUGGGCUUACAAGUUAUUCAGGCACUUAUUACCAUCCUGGUGAUUAUCAGAAAACUGGAAGUUACCCAAGCAGCAGUUACGAGAGUCAGAUGAACUCGUGGAAUGAAAGCAAUUACGCAAAUUAUAAUCCACAUCAGUACUCAAACUACUCUGCAGAUGCAAGUGGCGCUUACAAUUCUGGUACUGCAGCCACACCUUCACUGCAAUAUCCACAACAGUACAAGCAAUGGACAGAUUAUUAUGAUCCUACAGAAGUUACUUGUGCUCCAGGGACAGAGAAUAUGCCUGUUGCUACUACAUCUAACCAGGUGCCUACUGUUCCUGUUGUUACUGCUGGUUACCCAACCACAAAUGGCCUGCCUCCCACAACUUACCCUUUGCCCUGGCAACAGGAUUACAGUUCAUCACAAAUGCCUCCAUUGCAGCCUACUGCACCAAUCAAUGGUUCUCAUGAUAGUUACUGGAAACAUGGGGCUCCAAUUAUCCAAAAUCACCAUAUCAGUCAUUUGCAGCCGCAGUUCCAAAAGCCUAUGGAUUCCAAAACUCCUUAUGAUAAUUUUCAGGAGCAACAGAAAGUUGCAUGUCCUCAAGGACCCAAUUCGUCAUGUCCCACUGCGCAACAAACACUUCAAAGUCUUCAAUCACCACCUAUACAGACACCUUUUCUAGAUAAUCAAAGAGCAAGCAAAUUGCAGAUUCCUACAAAUCCUAGAAUUGCUUCAAAUUUGGCCAUUGGUUUACAGAAAACUAACAAGGAUAGCACCAUAGCCCCUACUGCGGCAAAACCUGCUUAUGUCUGCAUUUCAAUGCCAAAGCCAAAUGAAAAAGUUUUGUCUCAUGAUACUGCUGAUUCAAUACUCAAGCCUGGUAUGUUCCCUAAGUCACUACGGGGUUAUGUUGAAAGAGCCUUGGGUCGAUGUAAAGAUGAUACAGAGAUGGCAGCUUGUCAAGCUGUCAUGAAGGAGAUAAUUUCUAAGGCAACAACUGAUGGUACACUAUACACACGGGAUUGGGAUACCGAGCCUCUUUUCCCUUUACCCAAUGAAGAAAUGCUCCAUAAAGAUUAUGUGCCCUCCAGCGGUAUGCAGAGUUCAACUUCUGUUUCUGCAUUACCAAAGUAUAAGAGGAGUCCAAGUAGACGAACCAAAAGUAGAUGGGAACCUCUACCAGAUGAAAAUUCAGUUAGCAAGUUAGCUUCUCUCUGUAAUGAUACUGUAAAAUUUAGUGGUUGGACUAAUUCCAAUGAAAAGGAUAAAAAGCCUUUAAGUGGGAAUAUGAGCAAGGAGAAUGGCUUGAAUAAUAUUAAAUUUCUUUUGUCAGAGCAUAAAUCAGCAAAUAAAAGUUCCCAGAGGCCAGUUAAGAGGCAGCGUCUUGCUGCUGAUGGUUUUAAUGGUCCAGAUAAUGGUGAUGCAUCAAGUGAUAGUGAUAAGGAACAAAGUUUGAGAAGAUAUUAUUCUGGUGCUAUAACACUGGCUAAUUCACCUGAGGAGAGAAUGAGACGUGAAAAUCGUUCCAGGCGUUUUGAAAAGGGCCAAGGAAAUCGAGCAGAAACUAAUCACAUAAAGCCUAGAAAUGCUGGUGCUGGAAGCUUGUAUGUGCGGAGGGCUAGUGCCUUGGUGAUUAGCAAAAACUAUGAAGAUAGUGGCAGCAGGGCUGUGGAAGACAUUGAUUGGGAUGCUUUAACUGUUAAGGGGACCUGCCAGGAAAUUGAGAAACGUUAUCUGCGACUCACUUCUGCACCUGAUCCUUCUACUGUAAGGCCAGAAGAAGUGUUGGAAAAAGCUCUUCGUAUGAUUCAGAAUUCACAGAAGAACUACCUUUACAAAUGUGAUCAGUUGAAGUCUAUUCGUCAAGAUCUAACUGUACAACGGAUACGCAAUCAUCUAACAGUUAGGGUUUAUGAAACUCAUGCUCGAUUGGCAAUAGAAUAUGGUGAUUUGCCCGAGUAUAAUCAGUCCCAGUCUCAGUUGAAAAUCCUUUAUGCUGAAGGAAUUGAGGGAUGCCAUUUGGAAUUUUCUGCCUACAACUUACUUUGUGUUAUCUUGCACUCUAACAACAAGAGGGAGCUUUUAUCAGGGAUGUCAAGAUUAUCAAAUGUGGCAAAGGAGGACGAAGUAGUUAAACAUGCCCUUUCAGUUCGUUCAGCUGUUACUUCUGGAAAUUAUGUUUUGUUCUUCAGAUUAUACAAGACAGCACCUAACUUGAACUCUUGCUUUAUGGAUCUUUAUGCAGACAAGAUGCGUUUUAAGGCUUUAAGCUGCAUGUCUCGAUCAUAUCGUCCUACAGUACCUGUAUCAUACAUAGCCCAGGUCCUGGGCUUCACUAGUGUCACCCAGACAAAUGAAGGAUGUAAUGAAAAAGACUCAGAUGGAGUAGAGGAGUGUGUGGAGUGGCUGAAGGCACACGGUGCAUCUGUUGUUGCAGAUAAUAAUGGGGACUUGCAACUUGAUGCAAAGGCUUCAUCAUCUUCCCUAUUCAUGCCAGAACCAGAAGAUGCUGUGUCCCAUGGAGAUAGUAAUCUUGCAGUUAAUGAUUUUCUAACAAGGGCAUCCUCAUUGACAAGUUGAUUGUGCUUGAUUUCAUUUGACAGCUAUAGUAAGAACUAAGUUCAGCACCCAUUGACAAAUUUGAUUUAGCUGCAAGGAGAAUGAUAUGAGUUCCCAAUCUGCUGGGAGCUUGCAAGGGACGGAUUGGCUGUAACUUUUAGAAAGGGUAUAGAUCACAGGCGUAUCGAAUGGUUUUUUUUUUUUUUGGGUAAGUAGGCGAAUCAAGUGUUGUUCAUACAAAAUUGUAAUUCAAAUCCCCCUUUUACAAAGUUCGGAGAGGGGCCUGAGCCAGUGUUAGAUGUCAUUUUUGAUGUGAAAUUCGUCAUUCUUUCUGGUGAAGAUUUAUUUUCUCUUUGGAAUGGACAUAACAAAUCAAUGUACCACAAGGAAAUAUAAGCAAGGUUAAAUGUUUGUAACAA